AUGUCUCAAAUCCAAGAUCAGUUGGAAGGGCUUCCUGGUUAUGACAUUGUAAUGGAUUUUUACAAUGACUAUGCUGAGGAACAUUUCAAUAAUUUAAAUCCAUACGAAGAUAAAGAAGGGAACAAGGUUAAAUUACGGUCAAAAUUUUCCACUGAGAAGGAAAAGAAACUAUGGAAGAGAAUCCAAUCGAAGGCAUGGGUUCAUGAUAAGUGUUUUUUAGGAAGUUGUGGGGUUGGGAUGGAUUGUGGAUUAGGAUUGGCUCCAUUAUUAGUAUUAAUACUCCCGGCAAUUGGUCCAAUAAUCAUGUUUAUGGUUCAUAAUCGACUUAUUAGAGCUGCGGCCGAAGAGUUGAACAUGCCAAAUAAGUUGGUUGCCAACAUGGAAACCCAAAUCUUAAUUGAUUUGAUAAUCACGUUCCCUCCGGUAAUCGGAUCGUUCUUCAGUUGGUUGAAUUCAUGUCUGACAAGAAAUGCUGCAAUAAUAUAUAAGUAUAUGAUGUUUCUAGCUGAUCAAAGAGAACAAAAUAAGACUGCCAAUUAUAUCGGACCUAGAUCAAGAACUCAGCAGCAGCAACAGCAGCAACAGCACCCCCAACAGCACCCACAGCAACAGAAGACAAAAUACUCUUUUAAGAAACAAUCUUCUCGUACAAGACAACCAAAUCAGGAUAGUAUUGUUGUUGGGUCUCAACAACAAUCAGGGUUUAUAUAG